AUGGUAUCUUCCUGGGAAUGGCAGCAGGGUCUACAGGAGCCAGGCAUAGCUACUACCAGUGUGUUUGGGGCAAAAGGAGCAGAAGCACCCACACCGUCCCUACUAGGGGCAGCCUUCACAGCAGGAUCUCCAUAUCAGGCUGCCUACUGCGGCCCCUCUAUGGUGGGGGUCCAGGGAACAGACCCUCAAGAACCCCAAAGAAACAAGAGAGCCUUUGAGCCCCAACAACUGAGAAUACCUCCAGCAUCUCACAGGCCCGGGGAUUGGAACUGCCUUUGGCGUAAUCUUGUGAAUUUUUCAGGGAGAGAAAUUUUCUAG